AUGGACUUGGACGCCCGCAUUAAAGCCUAUCGUUUCGUGGCCUAUGCCGCUGUCACCUUUUCGGUGGUGGCCGUAGUGUCGGUGUUCGUCACUCUUCCUAUGGUCUACAACUAUGUGCACCACGUCAAACGACAGGUCCACAAUGAAGUCAACUUCUGCAAGGGAUCUGCCAAGGACAUCUGGACUGAAGUGCACUCGAUGAAGGACGUACCAGCAGCGAACAGGACGGCCCCUGGACCUGGCGGAACACCCGGAAGACCUGGCAGACCAGGAAAGCCAGGAGCACCCGGAGCUCCCGGUAACCCUGGCAGAGGAGCGGCUGGACCUUGUGAGGCAAUCACUCCUCCUCCAUGCCAGCCUUGUCCCGCAGGACCACCUGGACCUGCUGGAGCACCUGGACCAGCUGGAUCACCAGGCCAAGACGGACAGCCCGGAUCACCUGCUGGACCUGGUGGACCUGGACCUGCUGGACCAGCCGGACCUCCUGGAGCACCAGGAAAUGAUGGAGCACCCGGCCAGCCUGGUGCACCUGGACAGCCUGGAGCUUCUGAAAACUCAGGACCUGGAGCACCUGGUCCAGCGGGACCACAAGGUCCACCUGGACCUGCUGGACAGGAUGGAGCACCAGGAUCUGGAGGAGUCGGAGCUCCUGGACCUAAGGGACCACCUGGAGCACCUGGUCGUCCCGGUUCUGACGGAAAUCCUGGACAAGCCGGUGCACCAGGACAAUCUGGAGGUGCUGGAGAGAGAGGUAUCUGCCCGAAAUACUGCGCUAUUGACGGAGGAGUGUUCUUCGAAGAUGGAACCCGAAGACGCUAA